UUUCUUCUCCCCUUCCUCCUCUCCGCGUGUCUCUGACUCUAUAUAUCCGCGCCGUAUUUUUGGUUUCUCAUUCAGUCAAAGAAGAACGGAAACCCCAUUUCAUAACCAGAAAAAAGGAAGCAUACCAGAGAAGAACACCGACCAUAAACCAAAACCCAGAACCCAAAUACCUCCUCCGGUUGUCAAAGGAAAAUAUCCGUGGUAAGUUUUCAAUUCCUGUAUUCUUCAAUAUCUGGGUCAGUUUCUUAGGUUUUGCCUAGUAUCAUGGCUGCUUGCGCGUCGAUUGCUCUGUUUUCACCUGAAUUCGAUUCUUUAAUUAGUUUCUAAGAGGAGGAGUACUUGUCUUUCGACGAAUUUUCUGGUCUCCUUUCGUAAUUAGGAUUCUUCCCUCAGGAACCCAUCUCGCCCUUUCUCUUUUGGAACCCCUUCCAAUAUUCUUUUGUUUGUUGGUUUCCAUUGAAACAAUUUGUUCUCGACUUUAGAAAUGAGGGAUUUUUCCAUGUGAUGAAUGAGAUCAUGAAUGAAUAUGCCGGUGGUGGUGUUGCUAGUAUUCAUUUAUCUUUCCAUUUCGGUUUUGCUUUUUUCUGCAGGUUGGUUGAUUUCUUUUAGAGGUAACCAUCAGUAGCUGGCUAGAUUUCUAUAGUAGCAUGGACACACACCAGCUCUUUGGAUUCGCUGUCACUGGUGCGACGGGAAUGUCUUACUCGUCUCCUUACCGGGCUGUUUCCUCCGUGCCUGAUAGGCUAUUGGGUUCACUGAUGUUUGAGACAACAGGGAAUUCAGUAGCUAGCUCGCCAUACUCUUCAAAUCAGUUUGAUAGUGAGACGGUUAGUUCCAUGAGCGACAGCCAGGAGCAACUCAGCUCUACACCGUCUCUCUCUGGAUUCAGCCAGUCUGGGGGCAACUCUUCUUCUGAAUCCAACAGUAAUUUCCACCACCACCCACGGACCAGUCUGCAGCUCUUUCCUUGUUCAGAAUCUACCUCGCAAGAUGCACGUUCUGGCCCUGACAUGAAACAUGCAUUGGAGCAAUUGGAGACUGCUCUCAUGGGACCUGAUGAGGACAUGGCUGAGCCUAAUGAUUACCAUGGUGAAAGUGGUCAGCCACAGACACCAGGUGAGGAGACUAGGGCUUGGAGCCAAGAGGACCAGCAGCAGGGUUCUCAUGUCAUCCAGCCUCAGCCUAUGUUUAGCUCACGUCCCCGGCAGUAUGAAGGAGGUGGCGUUGAGAAGCGCCAUAAAGCAGUAAUGCAAGAGGUAGCAACUUUACAAAGUUCCCAACCCAGCAAUUUGAAGCAAUUGUUGAUUCAAUGUGCCAAGGCUCUUGCUGAAAACAACAUGACUGGUUUUGACAGCCUUGUGGAGAAGGCUAGAGGUGAGGUCUCCAUCACAGGGGAACCAAUCCAACGCCUUGGUGCUUACCUGGUAGAGGGAUUGGUGGCAAGGGAGCAAGCAUCAGGAAAUAAAAUCUAUCGUUCCCUCAACUGUAGGGAGCCUGAAAGCAAGGAUUUGCUAUCUUACAUGCAGGUUCUGUAUGAAAUCUGCCCUUACCUCAAGUUCGGUUACAUGGCAGCCAAUGGAGCCAUUGCUGAAGCUUGCAGGAAUGCCGCACGGAUACACAUCAUUGAUUUCCAGAUCGGUCAAGGGACACAAUGGAUGACCCUUCUUCAGGCUCUAGCAGCCAGGCCAGGUGGAGCUCCACAUGUUCGCAUCACGGGGAUUGAUGACCCUCUUAAUAAGUAUGCUCGUGGCGGGGGGUUGGAAGCAGUUGAGAGGAGAUUGGCAGCACUUUCUGGGAAGUUCAACAUCACAAUCGAGUUCCAAGGCCUGCCAGUUUUUGCCCCUGAUGUAACCCGGGAGAUGCUUGAUGUACGACAAGGGGAGUCAUUGGCUGUGAACUUGCCGUUGCAGCUGCACCACACACCCGACGAGAGUGUGGAUGUGAGCAACCCUAGGGAUGGGCUUCUUCGAAUGAUCAAGUCCCUGAAUCCCAAGGUCACCACUCUCGUGGAACAAGAAUCGAACACCAAUACAACUCCUUUCUUGACCAGGUUUGGGGAGACUCUGGAGUACUAUUUGGCCAUAUUUGAGUCUAUUGAUGUGACCAUUGCGAGGGACAGGAAGGAGCGUAUUGGGUUGGAGCAGCAUUGCUUGGCUAGGGACAUGGUGAAUGUGAUUGCUUGCGAGGGGAGGGAACGGGUGGAGAGACACGAACUUUUCGGGAAGUGGAAGUCUAGGUUUACAAUGGCAGGGUUUAAGCAGUACCCUUUGAGCUCCUAUGUCAAUUCCGUGAUCAAGAGCUUGCUCAAGUGCUACUCCGUUCAUUAUACUUUGGUCGAGAAAGAUGGAGCCAUGUUAUUGGGUUGGAAAGACAGAAACUUGAUCUCUGCUUCGGCCUGGUACUAAGCUAAGACAUGUGAGAAAUGUCCUCCUGUGUAUCAUUUCGUACUGUAUUGUAUAGAAAGGGGCAGGCAGCCCGGUAUUGUCCUAGUUUAAUGUUGUAGAGAUGCCAUUUAUUUGUAGAAACUAAUAUAUCUCUUCGUUAAGAGUACUGUAAAAUGAAGGUGAUUGGACAUUUGCAUUGAAGAAUAAACAGAGGUUUAAGUG